AUGACUGAUUUUGGCUCCAAAGGGACAGAAGGACAUACAAGGGUCGAAGGCAGAAAUGGUGGUUCUAAUAAUCAAGGUCUGGAGAAUACAAAGUUCUCUUACAAAGAAGGGAGAAUUGGGAGGAAGGAUGGUUACCGAACUGGUGCUUGGGAAGGAUAUGCUCGAGGUAGUAAGCACAUGGAGAAUGGGUAUAGGGUUAAAGAAAACAGAGCUCCCUCAUACGGAAGAGGCAGAAGCUCGAUGUGGCCUACACCGUUAUACCAUACUCAAAAUGGUGUAAGUGGUUCAAAGGUUGAUGGAACGGGGAAAAGAGAAAGAGGUUUCUGUGAUCGAUUGAGUGGAGAAGACGAUCUGCUCUUCGGAGGAAAUGUUGAAUGGGACGAUGAUGACCUGGUAGCGGAGGAUGGGGAGCUCACGAUGGAGGAUUAUGAUAUUGAGAAUCAUAGUAGUUUGCUCACGGAAUUUACAAAUCAGGAAGUGAAUGGUGUCGAAAACUCAGCAGGUUACUUCGGAGGCUCGCAAGACAAAUGGCGAUAUGGUGGAGUUCCAGAGGAGGACGGAGGCUACGGGACGGCGUAUGAUCAGCAAAAAACCAGGGAUGGUGGCUCUCCUGAACCUACCGGCUAA